GGCAUUAAAUCGAGCUUCGAAUCACAAAUACAUACGUACAACGAUCGUAAAUUUAGUACCAAAACAAACGAAAUGUCAAACAUUCGUAAUAAUGUUGAAGUUUACGCGGAAUUUCGUUUUAUUUAUGUGUAUUACUUAUGCACGAAGUAACAAUACUAUGGAGCCAUAUGUUAUAGGGGGUGAUUUUACUGAUAUAACUCAUUUCCCUCAUUCAGUAUUCUUGAAUAUAGAUUGCAUGUCUACUUGGAUAUGUGGGUCAUCGAUAUUGAAUCAAAGGAUAUUAUUAACAGCAGCACACUGUAUCACCGGUUGCAAAAGACAAUGGAAAAUAGAAGGUUACGCUGGACAUGAAAACCUUAGUAAGGUUAAAGUUAUGAGGACUGUAAAUAAGAUAUUAAUGCACGAGAAUUUCGAUGACCAAUCUAUGGCCAAUGAUAUAGCACUGCUCUAUCUAGUAAAGAGUUUACCUCUUGGUAAAUACAUACAGCGAGUGACGAUCAGAAAAUGGCAUUCGCCCAGUGAAAUUGCCAGUGUUGCUGGAUGGGGCAUCGUCAAUAGAGUUACAAAUAAAGAUUCGAUAUAUUUGAAAAGAGCCCUGCAGAGAGUAAUGUCGCCGCGGUUGUGUGCUCGCUUCGGCGGCAUGUAUAGCGGCAUGAUGUGCGCCAAAAGUCCUGAGAAAAACACCAGCCCUGCGUCUGGAGAUUCAGGCAGUGCACUCAUUACUAAGGAUAUGCAGCAAAUUGGCUUAGUAUCGUAUAUAUUUUCCGAAUAUCCCGAAAUGCCCAUCUAUACCAACGUCUCUCACUAUUACUUUUGGAUUAAAACUAAAUCCAUUUCUCUACAUUGUAGCUAAUAAUUCUUGGAAUAUUA